CCGAGAAAGAGAUCGGUUACCUGGUUACAGAGAAAGAUGGUACGCUAGUAAUGUAAUGUGAUUCUUUUCAGUUCAGUCUUGGUGCAGAUUCGGGCAGACAGGGUUUAUUUUGGUAGUAUUCAUUUAGAAUGUUAACACGCUUUAUAGAUUACUUAAAUACAGAAUUUCCUCAGUGGGAUACAUUUUGAUUAAAUACGUAUUAUAACGUUACGCGAUUUAUUUUUCAUUUUUUUACCUGUGGAAUCUCAACAACGCUGAUAAUCACUUUGGUCAAAGGACAAAUGGAGAAUCACUGAGCAGAAUUACCGUCCCGUCCACUUUGCAUCUAUGGAAAUUAUCCGAAGUUCCUCCACACAGCCGGGAAUGCCUGAGGCUUGGGGCAACGGCAGCGUCCUGCUCGGCGCCAUUUCCACCCAGUUCCCGCUCCUCCGAAACGACACCCUCAGCAACGGCACGCUCGCGUUUCCCGACGCCGGGGGCGGCUCCAGCCCCAUCGUGGCGGGGGUCCUGAUCCCCCUCAUCUACAUCACCGUCUGCGUCAUCGGCCUGGGCGGGAACUCGCUGGUCAUCCACAUUGUGCUGCGCUACUCCAAGACCGAGUCGGUCACCAACAUCUACAUCCUGAACCUGGCCAUCGCCGACGAGCUCUUCAUGCUGGGCCUGCCCUUCCUGGCCGCGCAGAACGCCUUGCUCUACUGGCCCUUCGGCUCCUUCAUGUGCCGCCUGGUGAUGACCGUGGACGGCAUCAACCAGUUCACCAGCAUCUUCUGCCUGACGGUCAUGAGCAUCGACCGCUACCUGGCCGUGGUCCACCCCAUCCGCUCGUCCAAGUGGCGCAAGCCCCAGGUGGCCAAGGCCGUCAACGUGACCGUGUGGGUGGUGUCCUUCGUCGUGGUGCUGCCCGUGGUCAUCUUCGCCGACGUCCUCCAGGACGAGGGGACCUGCAACAUCAUCUGGCCGGAGCCGGCGGGCGUCUGGAAGGCGUCGUUCAUCAUCUGCACCGCCACCGUGGGCUUCUUCGGCCCCCUCCUGGUCAUCUGCCUCUGCUACCUGCUCAUCGUCAUCAAGGUCCGCAGCUCGGGGAAGAAGGUGCGCUCCACCUCCACCAGGCGGCGCCGGUCGGAGCGCAGGGUCACCCUGAUGGUGGUCAUCGUGGUGGCGGUGUUCGUCUUCUGCUGGCUGCCCUUCUACGCCCUCAACAUCAUCAACCUGGUGGUGCUGCUGCCCCCCGACUUCCGCGGGCUCUACUACUUCGUGGUGGUCCUGUCCUACGCCAACAGCUGCGCCAACCCCGUAGUGUACGGCUUCCUCUCCGAAAACUUCAAGCAGGGCUUCCGGAAGGCCCUGUGCCGCCUGUCCCGGAAGGUGGAGAGCGAGGAGCAGCUGGGGACCGACCACCCGCAGCACCAGCAGGGGAGAAGGGUGGCGCUGGAGCCCCGGGACAGCGUGAGAAUAGCCAUGAGAGGAGGCGGCCUCCGGGUCAAAGGGGAGGCCGUGGAGAUGACGGAGACCUGCAGGACUGCGCAGCAGGCGAGCGGUAACGGGCAGCUGGAAGGACCCAGGACCCUGUUCCUCCCAAGGGAGAAAACAGGAGGGCCCUCUGCGGGAGUCCCCCCGUGUGACAGGGCUCAAAGCAGGGAGCCCAACGGGAAAGGUCCAGGCUUGGGGCCUACGGCAGCCCUCCCCGUGCUAGUCAACGGGGCCAAAAACAGCACCGUAAAGCCGCUGCCCGAGGAGGCAGUGGAGAAGAACGGUACACUGGAGAUUAGUUAUCUUUGAGGGAUGAAAACCUGCAUUCAUUUCUUAUCAGCCUUCAUGUUAUUCUCCCUAAGUAAACUCUCAGUACCUUUACAGCAUCAUUCUGCUUAGCCUACGAGUGGAAUAGGCUAAAAAUAUCUAACUGAUCUGUGAGAAUGUGCAGAGAUCAAAAGUCUUGAAUUUAUUUCAGGAUUUGGUAUAUCUACAUACAUAUAUGGAUAUAAGCAUAUUCUCUACUAUAUUUUUGUGAGAAAUGUGUCUAUCAGCCUGGCUCUAGUUGUACAUAAUAUUGACAUGGUGACAUGACAUGAAAAGUAUCUAUGGUGAUUUUAUUUUCAGAUAGAAAGUUAGAAUUUGUGUAACAUGUUUUACAAUGGGAAUGUAAAUAACAGCUGUUUCGGAAAGUGUUUGACUGACCAUACUGAAAUUAUGAGAAACUGCUGACGGAUUAAUGAUGACAUUUGUGUUCACUUCGUCAAAUGUAAUUCACUUAACACAUAAUUCAUUCACGCAUUCCCCUUGCAAAUAAAUCCAGUGCUCUUCAGUGAGUACUUAGAUUAAGCAUGAAGAAGAAGGGCUCUCACUGCAGGAAGCUAAAAGGUGAGCAGCUGCCUCUGUACUGCUGUACUGGCUGAGUCUGCAUUGUCAUCAUUAUGCUAAUGCCUGCAAACAGAUCAUUUUUAUUGGCUUGUUUGGCCAACAUGUCAGCGCCCUAACAUACCACCGAGAAGCAGAAGUUGUAUUUCAUGGCUACAAGGAGGAAUGUGCAAACCACAUCAGCCACGUUGUUCAGUAUAUCCCUUGCUCUGCACUACAGAGGAGCGUCUGCAGCUUAACGUACGAGCCAGCUAUCUAUGGCACUGUCGAAAUUAAGCGGGUCUAAAUUAUGACAUUGUUAUAUCAUGGAUCUACAUAACACAUUUAGCUACUUAAUACAAUGUAAAUCAUAAUACCGAUAAGGUAUUAGCCAUGGUGUGUUGUACAUGCGGCUAAAAAUAUAAAGCAACACAUGUGACAUCGAUAAUGAACACACACAC